AUGACGGCAUCCACUUCACGGCAUAUGCAGUCAUCAAAGGGUCUAAUAUCAAAAGAGAUUUUGACGUCAUAUAUGUCUUCACAUAUGGAGUUAUCAGCUAGCCAAUCAUCAAAUCUAACUCUGACGUCACUCACGAGUCAGUUUGUCUCAACAAGCCAAUCAUCAAAUCCAACUUUGACGUCACUCACGAGUCAGUUUGUCUCACCAAGCCAAUCAUCAAAUCCAACUUUGACGUCACUCACGAGUCAGUUUGUGCCACCAAGCCAAUCACCAAAUCCAACUUUGACGUCACUCACGAGUCAGUUUGUGCCACCAAACCAAUCAUCAAAGGACAUUUUAACGGCCUCGAUGUUCCGAUCGAUACAGCGUUCAACUAGUCAAACAGUUGUGGCGGAUAGGACGUCAUAUAUACCUACACCGACACAAUCAUCAAUUGAUACUAUGACCGUAGUUGUGUCCCAACCAGAAACGGACAAAAUGACGUCACAACAUCCGUCUAUUAGUGAAUUGCCAGCAUUCGGUGGAGGAUCUUCUGUACUUUAUUCUAUGCCAACAAUGAAGAGUCAACCAUCAAAUUCUAUUACAGUUUUACAUGUGUCUCAAUCACCAUCUUUAAUAAUCAAUCGAUCAUCAGAGAUGGUAUUAUCGGCAUCCAACCAGCUAGCUGUGACUUCGCCUAUAUCGCAGGAAAUAUCACAAUCUCUUGUCCAGUCCACCAUGAAAAAAUCUUUCACGAGGAGCAUGCAGUCAGAAAUUUCAUCGUUAAUCUCUUUCCGGAUGACAUCUUUACCUACAUCAGAGAUUAAAAAAGGAAAUACUCCACCAUCUAUCAUGCCGUCAAAAGUCUCGCCCAACGAAUCCAGAACCAUGACAUCAUCAUCAGACGAAAUAUCUACCAUUAACAACAUACCAUACGUCCAGGUCACCAUGGUAUCUAGGAUUUCCCGUGAUAUAUCAGAGAAUGGGUCACCAACUUUUAUCCAGUCCGAUGCGACAUCAAUUUUUACUCAGUCCGAUGUCAAACCAACAAUUAUCCACUUAGAUGUCACAUCAGCCUUUACCAACAACGAUAUCACGCCAACCUUUAUCAAGUCUGAAGUCACAUCAAUAUUUAUCAAAUCAAAUGUCUCAUCAACAUUUAUCCAGUCUGAUGUCCAACCAAGCUUUAUCCAGUCCGAUGUCACACCAACAUUUAUCAAAUCAGAUGUCUCGCCAACAUUAAUCAAGUCUGAUGUCACACCAACAUCUAUCCAGUCCGAUGUCACACCAACAUUUAGCAAAUCAGAUGUCUCAUCAACAUUUAUCCAGUCUGAUGUCCAACCAAGCUUUAUCCAGUCCGAUGCCUCACCAACAUUUAUCCAGUCCGAUGCCACAUCAACAUUUAUCAAGUCUGAAGUCACACCAAUAUUUAUCAAAUCAGAUGUCACAUCGACAUUUAUCCAGUCCGAUGCCUCGCCAGCCUUUAUCCAGUCUGAAGUCACACCAAUAUUUAUCAAAUCAGAUGUCACAUCGACAUUUAUCCAGUCCGAAGUCACACCAACAUUUAUCAAAUCAGAUGUCACACCAACAUUUAUCAAGUCUGAUGUCACACCAACAUCUAUCCAGUCCGAUGUCACACCAACAUUUAUCCAGUCCGAUGCCUCACCAACAUUUAACAAAUCAGAUGUCUCAUCAACAUUUAUCCAGUCUGAUGUCCAACCAAGCUUUAUCCAGUCCGAUGCCUCACCAACAUUUAUCCAGUCCGAUGCCACAUCAACAUUUAUCAAGUCUGAAGUCACACCAACAUUUAUCAAAUCGGAUGUCUCAUCAACAUUUAUCCAGUCCGAUGCCACAUCAACAUUUAUGCAGUCCGAUGCCACAUCAACAUUUAUCAAAUCAGAUGUCUCACCAACAUUUAUCAAGUCUGAUGUCACACCAAUAUUUAUCAAAUCAGAUGUCACACCGACAUUUAUCCAGUCCGAUGCCUCGCCAGCCUUUAUCCAGUCCGAUGCCUCACCAACAUUUAUCCAGUCCGAUGCCACAUCAACAUUUAUCAAAUCAGAUGUCACACCAAUAUUUAUCAAAUCAGAUGUCUCACCAACAUUUAUCCAGUCCGAUGUCUCAUCAAAAUUUAUCCAGUCCGAUGCCUCACCAACAUCUAUCCAGUCCGAUGUCACACCAACAUUUAUCCAGUCUGAUGUCCAACCAAGCUUUAUCCAGUCCGAUGCCACAUCAACAUUUAUGCAGUCCGAUGCCACAUCAACAUUUAUCAAAUCAGAUGCCUCACCAACAUUUAUCAAAUCAGAUGUCUCACCAACAUUUAUCAAACCAGAUGUCACACCAACAUUUUUCAAAUCAGAUGUCUCACCAACAUUUAUCAAACCAGAUGUCUCACCAACAUUUUUCAAAUCAGAUGUCUCACCAACAUUUAUCAAACCAGAUGUCUCACCAACAUUUAUCAAACCAGAUGUCUCACCAACAUUUUUCAAAUCAGAUGUCUCACCAACAUUUAUCAAACCAGAUGUCUCACCAACAUUUAUCAAACCAGAUGUCUCACCAACAUUUUUCAAAUCAGAUGUCUCAUCAACAUUUAUCCAGUCCGAUGUCACAUCAAGCUUUAUCCAGGUGGAAUUUAUCUCUCCUUCAUCGUUCGUCACAUCAUUGUUGACACCAUCUGCGUCGCUGAAUAAAAUGUCGACCCGUUUGCAACCAUCAUUUAUUCUUUCAGCAAUGCAACCAUCUUCAACGAAGAGAAUGAUAUCAGAAAGUGAGUCCUUAACUGUUAACAAGUCAAUACUUUUACAGACAUCAUCAUUGAGUAUGGUACCUGAGAAUACAUCACCAUCUAUCAUGACAAAGAUGAUAAAACCGUCUAUUUCGAGUUUAGUAUCAGAGAAACUAACAUUCAUCCAGUCAUCGGUGCAACUAUCUUCAUCAAAUAAUAGCAAUUCAGAGCAUGUGUUGUCAAUGGCAACGCGAAUACCAUCAACAACUCAGAUUAAUCCGUCAGAGAACGUGGCAGCAUCCAUUCCAAUUCAAACGUUAAUAGAAUCUGCUUCACAAACGAUUAUGUCAUAUAACAUGUACCCGUCCUAUACCGUAUCAGAUGUGACAACACUUUCAUCAGGAACCAAGAAAUCAAGAACGAUGUCAUCAAAAUAUAUACACUUGAAUAGUUUGGAAUUUGAGGAAAGGAGUGCGACAUCGGAAAGUAUUUCCCAAUCUAUACAAACUUCAAUGGCAGCAUCGUCAGAAUUAAGGAAUUUGACAUCAAGUAACUUAUCCUCAAUAAAUAACCAGUCGUUCCAUAUGUCUUCAGCAGCUUUAGAAGAAAAAUCCGACAGUGUGUCACUAUCUACCCUUCCUAGAAUCGCCUUAUCGUCUGCUUCAAGAUAUAUUGAUUUGGGUAGUAUAUCGCCAUCCUUUACGGAGUCGACCGUAAUAACACCAACACCAGUACUGACAUCGUCGCUGGUAUCAUCUGCAACAAGCAGUAUGGUAUCAGGAAAGGUACCAACAUCAGUUCACCAAUCAAGAACGAUUACAUCUAUAUUUUCUACUAAGCUGGCAGAGAGCAUAGCGCAAUCAUUCCUCAAGUCAACCGUAGAACAGUCUUUAUCGGGAACAGCGGAAAGGAUAUCAUCAAUAGUUAUCAAGUCAAUGCUUCAACUAUCUUCAACAGAUAGCAAGAAUAUGAUAACUUCCGUUCAACCCUCAAAGAUAAAACCGUCAGCAUCAAGGAACUUGUCCCCCGAAUCUUUUAUCAUGUCAAGUUUGACACCUUUUUCACUAAACCCACACUCAGAGAGUGUGACACCAUCCCUUCAAUCGACAAUAAUUACCGCGACUGUGCUGAGGCCCCUGGUAUCAGUGAACAUUAUACCAUCAUCCAUUCUGUCAGAUGUGAUACCUCUUUCAUCCGGAAAAACUAUGGAACCAUUAAAGAUGUCCUCAUUAACUAUUUCUACAAUGCUUGAACCAUCUUCAACAAGGAGUGUGAACUCCGAAAGUAUCUCGCCCUCCAUUCAGUUCUCGUUGAAAACACAGUUCGAUUCGAGUGAUAAAUCAACAAGGAUAUCAAAAUCACCUUUGUCAGCUGUAACGUUAGUCACGUUAGAAACUAUGGCUAUGAGUAUCCAAUUAUCCUCUCAACAGUCAACACUUAAGGGAGUCAUAUCAUCAGACAGUACGCCAGUGAUCGAAUCACUGAUUCCAAGAAGUUUAAUAUCAGAGAGGAAGUCAACUUCGUUAUCUACAGCAUUGGCGAAUACUUCGGACACGCCAACUACAACCAGAGACAUACCUUCAGAGAGCAUGAUAUCAUCCUACCAUCCGUCAAAGAUAAUUCCCACUCGUUCAUUACCGGAUGAUAUGUUACAGUCUUUUAUCAAGACAUCUGCAGCAAGCUCUAUGCCAUCAAGUGUCACAGACAAAAAUCUUUCUAUGACAUCCGAAAGCGUGUCAUCAAUGACUUUUAUAUCAUCAAUCCGUCCAUCACAAGAAACACGGAGCGUGCUAUCAAGCAGUACAUCCAUAUCAUAUAAACUGUCAUCAAGAACACCAUAUCCGUCAAUGAAAGUGGUGUCUUCUUCCUUGUCCCUGUCGGAUGUAACAAUAUCUUCGACACUGAGUUCAAAUUCAAGAGAUAUGUCGUUUAUUCAAUCGAAGGUGAAACCAUCCAGAUCAGUGAGCACGAUGUCGGAGAGUGUGCCGUUGUCGUCAUUUAUCCUGUCAUCACCAUCAUCGUCAGUAGGCAAAAAUUCAGUUAGUCUGAUGCCAUCGUUUACUCGGUCAGCGAUCACCUUAUUUCAAUCAUUAUCAUCGUCGGUUGACCAACCAGCGUCAACAGAAUAUAUAUCCUUGUUGGUCCCAUCAACUGUGACGUUGGAUAAUGUUGUAUCAGCUACGAGCAAAUCAGUUGUGAAACCGUCGCCGACAAUUAUCGCGAUUCCCACGAGUAAGGCAUCGUUUAUCAAAUCAGCCAGGUCACCAAGCUCUCAUUUAGAAAGUAUUUCUCCGGCAUUCAUCAUGUCAACUAUGAUUUCAGUGCCAGGUCGCAGCUCAUCUUCAUUGUUCCAGUCAGCUGUGACGCCAUCCAUUUCAUUGGGUACGUACGCAAAGACUCCAUCAUCUGUCUUUAUCAAGUCAUAUGUACCAGCAUCGAUGACAUGGAGUACGAUUCCGGAGAUUAUAUCCUCCUCGCUGUUUCAGUCUGACCGUUCAUCGUUUACGGCAAUAAAUACAUUGCCGCAUAUUAUGUCAUCUGAUCGAUCGUCUGUGCAACCUCCUUUGUUGACCCUGAAACCGACGUCAGAAAAUGUAUCUUUUAUGACUUUGGAUAGUAGUUUUGAGAAUACUUCAUCCGUUUCGGUCGAGUUAGAUCCGACACUAUCAACAUCAGUAAGUACGAGUUUACAGUCGUCGUCGUCUGUCCAGUCACGCCUGACAUCAUCUGAAACACCGAGUAUGAAGUUACGCAAUUCCUCAUUCUCGAUUUCAACUGUGUCACUGAGUAAGAUGUCAAAACGGGUCUCAACAACAUUUAUACCGAUGACAUCGUCUUUGUCUAUAAGUAUGCAUUCAGAGAGUAAGUCGCCAACAUUGGACAAGUCACGGAGUUCAGAGACUAGUUCACCACCUGGAAACCAGAGUAUGAAUUCAGAAAAUAUGACGCCAUUGUUUAUCCAGUCAACUGUACCUCCAUCAACGACUAUGAUGGAAAACUUAAUGUCAUCAUUUAUCCAAUCGGAGGUGACGUCGCCUAUGUCAUUUAACAUGAAUUCAGAAAGUAUUAUAUCGUCAUCUUUCCAACCAGAAGAUAUAGUGUCAUUGUCAUUAAGCACGAUGCAAGACAGUGCGCCAUCCUCGUUGCAUCAGUCAUCAACGUCAACAUCACUGUUUAAUUAUACAGAGAGUAUGUCAUCACCUUUUAUCCAGUCAGCCAUGACACACUCAAUAUUCUUGAGUACGAUGUCGGAGAUUAACUCCUCGUCUUUGAUGCAGUCGGCUCAAGCGCCAACUAUGAUUGAAAAUUCAGAAAGUACGCCGUCAAUGUCGGUACAGGCAACAGCGGCAUCAUAUACGUCGAUCCAGUCACUUGAGGAACAAUCUACAGCACUAAAUAGGAAUUCAAAGGUUAAAACGUCGACUUCAUUAGUCCAGGCUCUUCAGACACCGUCUAAAACACUGAGUUCGAGUCCAGAGAUUGAGAUGUCGACCUCGUUAGUCCAUGUACUUCAGACACCAUCUGCAACACUGAGUAUGAGUUCAAAGUUUCAAAAGUCGACUUCGUUGUUCCAGAUACCUCAGAGACAAUCUACAACACUGAGUUCGAAUUCGGAGAUUAAGCUAUCCUCGUCGAUCCUGUUACUGCAGACACCGUCUUUAACAUUGUCAUCGUCGGCCCAGUCACCUCUGACAUCAUCGUUGCUCCAGACAACAGUGGCGCCAAGAACGACACAAAGUAGUGUGUUGGAAAGUAUCGCUGUAUCAUCUUUCCAUUCAGCUAUGACACUGUCGACGACACGAAGCUCUGACCUGGAAAACAUACCGUCGCUUAUCCAGUCAACUGUUGGCAGCCAAUCAUUGUCCGUGGGAACAAACUCAGCGAACAAACCAUUCUCAUUGACCAAACCAUUUCCGACACCAUCUUCGGAUAUAAGUACCAAUUCCGAGAAUGUGACAUCCUCCUCGUUGUCAAAGUCAAGUAUAACACCAUCUGUAUCGUUGCAUAUAAAUACCGAAAAUGAGUCACCAUCGUUUCUACACUCAACUGCGACACCCUUUCCAAAUUCAAGGGAUAUGCCAUCCGCUUUAAAACCAUCUGUGAUGUCGUCCAUAUCAUUGAGAAGUAGUGCAGAGAGUAUGUCAUUAUCAGCGAUAUCAUUAUCGAUGUCGGAGAAAAUAUCACCUUCGUUCAGCCAGUCGUUCCUGGUACGAUCUUUGACAACGAAUGUGGAAUCAGAGAGCAGGUCAUCAUUUAUAUCGUCAGCAGUAGCACAAUCCAGCAGGAUGUCAACAACGCCUGCAGACCUAUCAACAUUGACACCGUCUUUGCCAUUAGAUGAGAAUUCAGGAAGAAUGUCGUCAUCAUUUAUCGAUUUUAAUGAUUCAGAUAUUAUGUCGCCAUUAACAAUUCAGUCAACCGUAACACCACCGUUGCCGAAAAGUUCUUAUUCAGAGACGUCACUGAGAAGGAUAUUGGACAAUAUUACAACAAUAUUACGCGAUCAAAGUGGUAUAUCUUCAAUCUUAACAGGUACAAUUUCAGCGGGCGUGUCAUCAUCGCAGGUCAAGUUUCUUUUGACAUCAUCGUCAACAUUUAGCUCGAAUUCUGAAAAUGUGCAACAACCUAUUGGCAAGUCAGAUGUUUCACUAUCUAUAUCAGUGAAAGCUUAUCCGGGAAGUUUCUCAUCCUUGUUUCAAUCAAUAUCAACGACAACAAAAAUACCAAGUAGAAUGUCGGAGAGCAAUUUAUCAUCAUCAGCUGUGACACCGUCGACAACACUGAUUCCGAAUUCAGAGAGAAUGUCAUCGUUGACUCAGCCAACUUUGGAUCCUUUGUUGUCAUUUAGCACGAAUUCAGCAAGUAAGCCAUAUGUGUUGGUACAGCCACAUUCCUCACCAACAAUGAGAACGAAUGCAGAAAAUAGUUUAUCAUCGUUGUUCCAGGCCACUACGAUAUCAGCCGAAGCAUUAAGAUCAAAUUCAAGAGAUAUGUCGUAUAUUCAAUCAAAGGUGAAACCAUCCAGAUCAGUGAGCACGAUGCCGGAGAUUUUGCCGUUGUCGAUAUUUAUUCCGUCAUCACUAUCAUCGGCAGUAAGCAAAACAAGACUGAUCCUGAAAUCAGAAGGUAUGAUGCCAUUAUUUAUCCAGUCAACUGUGUCAUCAUCAAAUAUCGUUAUUAAGAAUUUAGAGCGUAUAUCAUCAUCGUCUAUAAAAGUUUCUGACACAUUGUCUGAGAGUAUGUCAUCUAUGUUUGUCACUUCAAUAAUGACGUCAUUUUUGUCGCUGAAUGCAGGUCGCAUAUCGACAUCAUUAGCCCAGACAAAUCUUACCACAUUUAUGUCAUUGAGCAUGUCAUUCUCCUUAGUUCAGUCAACUUUAACACCAUCACCAAGACCGAGUGUUAUUUCAAAGAAAAUAUCAUCAAUGUUUGUACUUUCAGGUGAGACACAGUCUUUGGCAAUGAGCAGAAAUUUGGAGAGUUUCACGCCUAUGUAUAUCCAGUCGAAGGUGUCUGCAACAACGAGUACAGUGUGGAAGAGUAUGCCAUCAUGGUCGUUCGAGUCAUCAGUGACACCAUCGAUUCAAUCGAGCAGUAUAGCAUCCAUGUUGAUCCAUUCAUCUAUGACCACAUCUGCAACACAGAUGACAAGUUUAUAUAGUAUGCCAUUGAUAAUCCAGUCAACAUUGGUACUUUAUAGUUCAGAGAGUACCGCAUCGGAUAUUCCCUCAACCGUGACACCACCGUUGUCAAUGAGUUCUUAUUCACAGACGACGUCAUCCGUUUCGAUUCAGUCAGAUGUGACCCCGAUAUUUGUCAUUGACUAG